GUUGGGGAGGGCACUGAAUUCCGGUCGUGUUGAAUUCAUUCAAUUCCUGGGAUCCUGGGUAAAAGCACGCGACAGCUGCUCCUCAUCCACACUUCGCUCGCUCUCUGAACGGCUCACUCGUCUUUCUUCGUGAUUCUCUCCUCUCAGUUCUGUGCAUUCUUCGACUUCUUCGCCCGCAACUUCGUGGUUACCACUCAUCCCCGCGGGGCCAUCAAGACACUCCACAUUCCGCCGCCACGCCACUUUCCGCACGCGUCGCGCUCGACUUUCACGGCUUCGUACGGCUUGCCAACGGCUGCAGACUUCUCCAACACCACCUUCUCCUCGACGCUCAUUGCCUCCAGCAAUGCGCAUUACCCUCCCCUUGUUUGGAGAGUCGCGCGCAUGCCCCCGCUCGCCGGGGGUACAGAUGCGCGGGCGGGUGCUCAUGCUGCUCUGCCUCCUAGGAGUCUUCUACUUCGUUUGGCCAAGUCCGCCCCUGCCGCCCAGCUAUGCGGCUGAGUGGACCAAGGAGCGCCGGCUACCGCAACACAAUCGUUGGUUGGCCCCGCCAGAGGGCCGUGACGGGCGAUAUGUCCGGUUCGAUGCUCCUUCAUCUGAUUUCCACGGCCAGUUUCAGCACGCCAUACUCCAGCACCAUGUCGCCGUGUCCUCGAACCGCUCGUACGCAUUCUCGCCCAUCCGUAACGCAGGCACACUCGAGUCCUGGUCUUGGCCAUGGCGGAGUGCACGCAUCCCGCUCGGCGCGGUCGCAAGCACAGCUGUGAGCGGCUUUGAGAAGCUUACCGGCCUGCCGCGGGCAGUGAGCGCGUCGCAUUACAACAGCGUCUGCCGCCGCGAGCGCGUAUACACCGUCCGUGGGCGCGAGUACCCCACCGGCGACCUCGACCUGGCGGCGAGCGGGCAGGCACGACUCGUUCAGCUCGCGGAGGUGCUGGCCGCGGCGGACGGGUGCAUUCAUCUGCGCGGCGACGUCUUCCCUGCCUCGUUCUUCGACAGCCCCGAGGCCAUGGACAUGAUCCACGAGCUCGUCCACUCCCCCGUCCUCCAGUACUUCUCCUUCGGCCGUCCCGUACUUGACGCUCUCAACCGCGCGCUCCCUGUCAUUGCCCCUACCGCCGAGCCGUAUGACUUGGAACUUGCAGUGGGCCCCAAGAAGGGUGGCGCACCUCGCAUGCCCGCAUGGAAGCACAUCCUCGCACUCCAAGUACCUCACUCUUCUGACUGGGAGGCGACGUGCGCCUCCUUCGGACCUCGCUCUGCGCCGUUCGUGGGAUUCAACAAGCUCCCGCGCCAUCCCGGCAACGAGAACGUGCCGCCGCCCGCGGAGAUGCCCCCACCCGCCCGCUUUGGCCUGUACGCCGCCAAAUGCUCUCCGGGGACGACGGCGAUCAUCUCCCGUGCGCGCCGGAUGCGGAAGAACCACCCCAUCCUGCGCGUAAUAUACCUCGUGACGGAUGACGAGGGGUGGGCGGACGAGUUGACGAGAUGGCUGCUCAGCGAUGGAUGGGAGCAGGUAUACGUUGCGCCGCGGCUGCACAAUGCUUGGAAGGACCAGGAGGUGCGCCCGAUGGUCGACACCGAGGUUGCGCGCCGCGCGGGUGUCUUUGUCGGCAACGGAGUGAGUGGGAGACAAAGAGCAGCUGACACCAGUUCACGACGAUGGCGAGCAACGUUGCGCUGCUGCGCUCGCGUGAUCUCGUGCACCCGGAUUUCACGCAGUUCUGGUAGUGGUAGUUGUACAGGGUUAUAAUUCAGCUGGAAUACAACCGCGUCGUCCAUACCCCGA